AUGUUAGUAGUCUGGGAGGCAAAUUGUGCGCUUAAAGAUGUCAGAAUUCGGUGGUACGAAAACAGGCCAAGUGACGGCAUAAGUGUAUUACUUGGCACAUCGAAUAUCCUUGUCCCUUUAAAGUUAGAUGAUUAUCAUCACGUAUAUAAAGCAAUUAUAGGACCAUUCGAAUCUAUAUCUAAUUAUGAGUAUGAGAUAAUUCAUAAAGAAAAUGAACGAAAACCUGAGGCUAUCAUUGUUUCAAAUUCCUUUCAAUUUUUUCCAGUUCUACCAAACGAUUCUAAUUCAAGUGCUUAUCCUAUAAAAAUAGUGGCAUUUUCUGAUAAUCAAUUUGGCCUCACCGUUUUUAAUCGCCUU